AUAACGCAGUUUCUUUUUGUCUAUAAAAGUGAUGUGAUUGACAUUUUCUAUCAACAAAUUUCCAUCACGAUUAUUGUUAUUUAAUUAUUACAAUCCUCGAGUGCUGCGGUCGCAAAGCUAUGCACAGUCUAAACCUGGAAGGUCAGUACGCGAACACGAAUGGGGCUGCCAAUCCUGAACGAGUGGUCAUCCUGGACGCCGGGGCGCAGUACGGGAAAGUCAUCGACCGAAAGGUCCGGGAGCUGAACAUCGAGGCGCACAUUCUGCCGCUGGACACGCCGGCGUUCAACAUUAAGGAAGGGGGCUACAGGGCCGUGAUCAUCUCGGGGGGGCCGAGUUCGGUGUACGCGGAGGACGCGCCCAGAUACGAUGCGGAUAUUUUUCGAAUAGGUUUGCCAGUUUUAGGGAUUUGUUACGGGAUGCAGAUGAUGAAUAAGGAGUUCGGGGGGACCGUGAUUAGGAAAGACAGCAGAGAAGAUGGGCAAUACAAUAUAGAAGUGAACACAAAAAGCAUUUUAUUCAAAGGUCUCGAUAAAGUCCAAACAGUAUUGCUAACCCACGGCGACGCCAUCGACAAAGUUGCCGACAAUUUCCGACCGAUCGCCCAGAGCUCCUCCUUCUGCGCCGGCAUCUGCAACGAGAAGCUCCGCCUCUACGGUCUCCAAUUCCACCCCGAGGUCGACCUCACCCCCAACGGCAAGACCAUCCUGCGAAAUUUCCUCUUCGACGUCGCCGGCCUCACCGGCAACUACACCAUGCCCACCCGCGAGAAGGAGUGCGUCAAAUACAUCAAGAGCACGGUCGGCAACAACAAGGUCCUCUUGCUGGUCAGCGGCGGCGUCGACAGCACCGUCGCGGCGGCGCUCCUCCACAAGGCGCUCCGCCCCGACCAGAUCAUCGCCAUCCACAUCGACAACGGCUUCAUGCGGAAGAACGAGAGCACCAAAGUCUACCACUCCCUGCAGAAGAUCGGCCUGAGCCUGCGCGUCGUCAAGGCCGCCAGCACCUUCCUCGAGGGCACGACGGUGGUGCCCGUGGACAAGCACGAGGCGACGCUGCGCACGACGCUCACGAGCAUGCUGUGCAAGACGUGCGACCCGGAGGAGAAGAGGAAGAUCAUCGGCGACGUGUUCGUGCGCAUCUCGGACGAGAUCAUCGCCGACCUCAACCUCAAGGCCGAGGAGGUGGUGCUCGGCCAGGGCACGCUGCGGCCGGACCUGAUCGAGUCGGCCUCGGCGCUGGUCUCGUCCAAGGCCGACACGAUCAAGACGCACCACAACGACUCGGAGAUGGUGCGGAAGCUGCGGGCGGAGGGGCGGGUGGUGGAGCCGCUGAAGGACUUCCACAAGGACGAGGUGCGGGCGCUGGGGAGGGACCUGGGGCUGGCGCCGGAGCUGGUCAUGAGGCACCCGUUCCCGGGGCCGGGCUUGGCGAUCAGGGUGCUGUGCGCGGAGGAGCCGUACAUGGAGAGGGAUUUCUCAGAGACGCAGGUGCUGGUGAAGAUCAUCGUCGAGUUCGACCAGAUGCUGCAGAAGAAGCACGCGCUCUUGAACAGGGUGGAGGCGGUGACGAAUAACGAGGAGAGAAACGUAUUAAGGAAAAUCUCCAGUAAGCAAAAGCUGGCAGCCACACUCCUACCGAUUCGAAGCGUCGGAGUCCAAGGCGAUUGCCGUUCGUACAGUUACGUCGUAGGUAUUUCGAGUGAAAAAGAGCCCGAUUGGGACGACCUCAUGUUUCUCGCUUGCCUUAUACCAAGAAUUUGCCGGAAUAUAAACAGAGUCUGUUACGUCUUCGGCGGCCUCGUUAAAGAACCGAUUGUAGACCUCACCAUCACAUACCUUACUUGUAACGUUUUAGCGACAUUAAGACAAUGCGACGACGUCGCCACCACGGUGUUACAAAAUAGUGGUCAUAUGAAUUCAGUGAGUCAAAUGCCUGUGAUUCUGCUACCUUUACACUUUGACAGGGACCAGGCAUUGAGGAUCCCCUCCUGUCAGCGAUCGAUAGUAUUGAGACCGUUUUGCACACGUGACUUUAUGACAGGAAUGCCUGCAGUACCUGGGAAACAACUGCCUUUAGAUGUCGUGCAGAAAAUGGUUGUAGAGAUUUUGCAAGUUCCGGGCGUUUCUAGGGUGUUGUACGACUUAACUUCAAAGCCCCCAGGCACAACAGAAUGGGAAUGAUAAUCAGCAACAUUGUCAUAAAUUAUUAAUUGUGUAAUUUGUUAGCAUGGACAGACUAUAAGAAGGUUUCCUGUUUUAUUCUUUUAAAAUAUAUUGUAUAUGGUUGUUGACAACGGCGAACUGUGUUUUGUUACGAUUUUGAUUUUUAAUUAAUACACUUGGCUCAAAAAUAUUUGUAUAUGUUGAUUGUGCACUUUUUUCCAAGACAAAUUGGACGAACCAUUGUUAUCGCGGCAUAUGCUAUGGAGUCAGUUAUUACUUUUUUUACAUUAAACUGGCAAGUUGCACUUUAUAUAUUUAACUUAUUUUAUUUUUCCUUUGUGUUAAUAAAAGUCAAUUCUAUUAAUA